AUGACGAUCUCCCCCCUGCGUAAGCCCACGGCCACCGGUUUCUCCGCCAUCAUCCUCUCCGCCGCCGCCCUGCUUGCCACCGGCGCCCACGCCUGGACCAAGGACGCCAACGGCGUCUGGGUUGCCAACAACACGUACUACACCAUCCGCGGGUCUACCGUCCACGAGGCCUGCACCACGAUGAACACCGAGAGUGUCCACGGCAACGGUGCUUUCUGCGCCUACUGGACCAACGGCGUCGGUGGCCAGUUCAAGGGCAAGUGCAAGCACACUGGCAACUCCGUCCUCUGCGUCUAA